AACGAUUAUUCAGCUGACCACUCUUCUUCCUUGUCCCUUUUUCUCUUCAACUAUUUAUUUCUCUCCAUACAUUAAAUAAAUAAAUCUCAAACUCCAACAAUUCUCAUCGUGUGUACCGACCAUUUCUUUCUUCCAUACCCCCACUAAUCUCUAUAUAUAGACACAACACAUUGAUACAUUGAAAUGCUCUGUCAUUAACUCAUAAUAUAUCUCCUUCAACAGUUGCACCUACCAGUUCUUCUAGUGCUCUGUUAGGCUUACUUCUUUUUAUUUCAAGAAUCAGUUUUUUUUUUGGCGAGUUUAAUUAAGCUAUGAUGAAGAAAAGUAGAGGUUUUAAAAUUGGAAGGAGACUAGUGAGAAUUUUCAGUUGUUUUCUUCACCGAAGAACAAAAGGAAGAAUUGGAAACAAGAGGCUAAGUUGUGCAACCAAAGCCAUUUCAAAGUUAUUCAAAUUUGGACGUAUGAUAAAGCAUGGAGCAAAAGGUCUAUGUAAACCCAACUCGGGUUACAUCCGGGUCGGGCAAGAACCGGUAGAGACGAAGCAAGUGAGUGUACCAAAGGGGCACUUGGCUGUAUACGUGGGUGAAAAGAAAGAUGACACGUGUAGAUUUGUGGUGCCUGUGAUGUUCUUUAAUCACCCAUUGUUUGCUGAAUUGUUGAGGGAAGCAGAGAUGGUGUAUGGGUAUAAUUAUCCGGGUCGGAUCCAAAUACCGUGUCGGGUAUCCGAAUUUGAGAACGUUAAAUCAAGAAUCGCCGCCACGGGUGGUGGUGGAGAGCUGCGCUGGAGGCAGAAUUACUGAUGAUGAGUUGUGGCUGGGUUAUUGUUGAAAAAUUGUUACGUGCAAUGGCACAACCCUCCAUUGAAAAUUGGAGAGGUUUAGUUUAUGUUAGUUUAAAAUUAUAUUUGGAGAAAAAAAGAAGUUUGAAGUGAUGUCAAAUGUUGUCGGUUUGAAGGAUUUAUGUGUACAAAUUUUUGUUAACCUUCUAGCUCAAUUCUCAAAUGAAAUGCAGUUUCUUAUA